AUGACCGCCUCUUCUCUCUCUGCAUCGCUUUCCGCGCACGCCCUUACACACCCCCUUCGACUACCGUUGCCUUACUCCGCUAGUCUCGCUCAAAUGCCGUACGAAGUACUGUUGCUGAACACGGCAGGAGGGACAUGGAGAGGAACAGACAGCUUCGGUCCCGAGCAGGCGCAUGGCCGCAUGGCAAAAAAACGAAAAGCAACGACAGGGUCUUGGCGUGCAUCUUCGUUUCCUCUCUCCUCUACUGGGGCAGCGGAGGCGAGGAGGAGCCGCCUUGGUCCCACGGACACCGCGGUUUGUGACUCUAGCUCUUUGAACCUCCGCAGAUCCUACCGGAUGCCCAGGCUACACUACUGGUUCCUCUCACGCGCAUCACACCUCCUCCCCCAGAGCCGUGUAUCCCCCUCCAUCCCACAACUCUGGUCUGCUUACCUUACCUCACAUCCCAACAGCCUCAGCUCGCGCGCACAUCUUCUCGCCCUGUCCGACCCUUGA